AUGACAUCAGAACUAUCAUCAACACCGACCCCAUCGGGCCAUGACCAUUACCACGAUCAAGAGCACCACCAUUCGGGCCCAGAAGAUGCCUGGAAAACAACCGGCGUCCGUGUGAUUCCAGCAGACUCCCUCGAGCCUGUAGGAGGCCAACACAUGACACCAGGCAUGGAUCGCGCAGCCGCAAUAAACUUCGCACGUGUGGGUGCGCAGAAACUAUGGGCUGGCACAGUGCACAUUCACGCCGGCGCCAAAACCGGAGCACACCACCACGGCCACCUGGAAUCGGUCAUCUACGUACUGAAAGGCAAGGCAAGGAUGCGGUGGGGAGAAAAGCUUGAGUUCACAGCUGAGGCUGGGCCUGGGGAUUUCAUCUUCGUGCCCCCGUACGUGCCGCACCAGGAGAUCAAUGCCAAUGACAACGAGAAGCUAGAAUGUGUGUUGAUGCGCAGCGAUAGCGAGGCCGUUGCAAUUAAUCUACCGGGACUGGAGCCCGUAGAGAGACCAGAGACAGUGAAAUGGAUAGAUCCCACGCAUCCGGAUGGAGCGGGGGCGUAA